CUACUCGCCCGGGCUUGUCCGCAGCGAGAGAGGAGGCAGAGGAAUAAGACAAUAAAAGGCCAAAAAUUUAAAGAACACAACAAUUCGUCAUAGCCGCUUCUACGGCUCGCAUAUCUAUAACAAAAAAUUUCCGAACGACGAAAAUCCGCAUUGCUUUCGCGCGAUGACGCGCCGUCUUCUUUGAUGCAGCCAGGCCGCUCGCUUCGCCGCUCGGCCUCGCCGCUCGGCUGGGGGGAGGUGUGUUUGUAGCGGCGGGCAAGUCAGGCGAGACCGUAGGCUUCCCGAGUUUCGACUAGGCCCCGCGGUUCCUAUGACGGCUGGCUGUUGAACAGCGUCUGGGGCCGGUGAUGCGACGCAGCCGUGAGUCGUCUUUCUGAAGAGUCGGUGUGCCGAGCCUAGGAGCCCACCAUUCAUUCAAUUAAAUGUCCUUUAUUUCUAGAAGCAGGUGGCCCAUUUUGGCAACACCCUGCACAGACUUCCAGGAGGAGGCAGCUGUGAUCGACUCCGUGAAAAGCUAGCUGCUGCAAGCUUGUCUCGGGCUGACGUUGAGUGUGCUGAUCGCCGACGUCCACACCGAGGGUCGUCGUCAUCGCCUGCACCAGUCGGACAACCAGUGACGGUGGCAGGGCUGGCAAGAGGGAGGCCAGGGAGCCCAAUCUGACUGAUGGAGGAGAGCAAGAGGACUCCACGGGGGAGCGCCGGGGUCGGGCGAUCAUCGCACGGCUCCAGGUCAUCGGGCUCGGCUGGCUCGGGCGUGCUAAUGGUGGGCCCCAACUUCAGGGUUGGCAAGAAGAUUGGCUGUGGAAACUUUGGCGAGCUCCGGCUAGGAAAGAAUCUUUACACAAAUGAAUAUGUGGCGAUAAAACUGGAACCAAUGAAGUCACGAGCACCACAGCUACAUUUGGAAUAUAGAUUUUACAAACAACUUGGAAAUGCAGAGGGUGUUCCACAGGUGUACUACUUUGGGCCCUGUGGCAAGUACAAUGCCAUGGUGCUGGAGCUGCUGGGACCCAGCCUUGAGGAUCUCUUUGACCUCUGUAAUCGAACCUUCACCCUAAAAACAGUGCUCAUGAUCGCCAUACAACUGCUGACAAGAAUGGAGUACGUGCACUCCCGGAACCUAAUCUAUCGAGAUGUGAAGCCGGAGAAUUUUUUGAUUGGGCGCCAGAGCACGAAUAAGCAACACAUCAUCCACAUUAUUGACUUUGGCUUGGCCAAGGAGUAUAUUGACCCUGAGACCAAGAAACACAUCCCAUACCGUGAACACAAGAGCCUAACCGGUACCGCCCGGUACAUGAGCAUCAACACACAUUUGGGCAAAGAGCAAAGCCGAAGAGAUGACCUCGAAGCACUUGGUCACAUGUUCAUGUACUUUCUGCGAGGAAGUUUGCCAUGGCAGGGUCUCAAGGCUGAUACCCUGAAGGAAAGGUAUCAAAAAAUAGGCGACACAAAGAGAGCCACUCCCAUUGAGGUUUUAUGCGAAAACUUCCCAGAGGAAAUGGCAACAUAUUUGCGCUAUGUGAGAAGACUGGACUUCUUUGAAAGACCGGAUUAUGAAUACAUGAGGAAUCUGUUCAUGGACCUGUUUGAACGCAAAGGCUACUCAUUUGACUACGAGUUUGACUGGACGGGAAGGCAGAUACCCACGCCUAUUGGAUCUGUGCAUUCUGAAACAGCCCUUCUGCCGGUCAGCAGGGAGCCACACAGAGACCGGACUCUGCAGCUAGCCAGACACCAGCCGUCAGACCGCAGGGGGGCAUGGGAAGUGCAGCCCCACAGGCAAUCGAGCACCUUCCACGUGGUUGCACCGCCAGGAGGUGACAGAUUUCCCGGCAUGGCUCAGGUGGUGGGCUCAACCAAUGGGGAACUGAAUCCAGAUGACCCGACAGCAGGACACUCAAAUGCACCAAUUACUGCUCCUGCAGAGGUGGAAGUUAUGGAAGAGACGAACUGCCAGAAAUUGUUCAACAUGUGCUGUUGCUUCUUCAAAAGGCGGAAGAGGAAGCCCACCCAGCGACACAAAUGACUCGGGGAGACCAUCAACUACCAGCAACUGCUUGGACUUCAGUUAGAUCCAGCACCAGAUUGAAGGAGCCUUUGCCUUGCCUUCCAAGCUCCUGACACCUGGUUUUUAAUAUUGCCUUCAAUGUUGGCUAAAGCGAGAGUCGAGGCUUUGUGGGCAAAAGGCUGCGCAUACUCUUGCGUUACUUCUUAAAAGAAGAAUGGUCUACGAUAAGUAUGUGCUAGGCCAACUGAAAGUGGAGCAGUUCUGCUGGAGUUGAUGCCAAAAUGUUCUUUUCAUAAAAUUUGACAGGAGCAAGAACUUUUUUCUCGCAUAGCUGUCGGUUGUUUUCUCAGAUGAACAAGUUUCAUUCAGCUGGAGGAAAGUGCAUAAUGUGACCCACGAGGAUUUGUGACAGUACCAGAGGACGACAUGUCUGUUUCUGGUUAUGUCAAUAAUUGACCCCCUCAUCUUUCUUAUCAAACUACGCCAUGGCUAAGAUGUGUGACGGUGUGCGGAGUGCACCCUAACCAAUUAAAAUGGGGAUACCCAUUGUCUUAGUUGCUUAAAGCUUAUUAGUUGCCGGUUUUUUUUGUAAGAUAAUUUCUGUACAGUAUUUAACAGUUUAAAGCCAGGUAUGGAGUAGAGUAUCUUGUAUCUGAAUGUGGAUUGUUUCCCUGCUAACAUUGAGUCAACGAUUUCGUGUAAAGGUACAAAUGGACAUAAAAUGCAUAGUGUGGCCCUAUUUGCACUACUGAAUGCACCCUUAUCAACCAAUGACGUUUGCAGUCCUUUUGUAUAGAUGCUUGCUACCAACAAUAUAAAAAUCUUAACAUGACAGAAAGGUGACUUAAAGCAUUCAUGACUGCAGGAAUUCAUAUUCUUUGGGUCUUUCAGUAGUUAUGUAAAUUAAUCAAAUAAGAAACUACGACGUUUCGAUCACAACACAAGCGAUCGUUAUCAAGAGGAAAAAAGAUCUCUUGUAUUGAAACGUUGUAGUUUUUUGUUUAUUUGUAUGCAAUGUGACUUUCCCGAAAGACCCAAAGAAUGACAGAUGUUUGUGUCCAACAGUGGCAUCAUUGGCACCAUAGAAAUAGGGCUAGGCUUAUUCACAUGAGUGCAUAUUGCAAUACCCCAAAAAUGGGUCAAUUUGAGUGUAUGACACAGCGUGUGCAGCACAUUGGCAGGCAUGUCUGGCCAUAUAAAGCACGAGUUGGAAAGGUGGUCUAGCAGGAACCAAUUAUGUUGGCCUGGUCAGGUGGUGUAAUGGGUCGGGUACGUGACUUUUGGCCUGUUUCCCACCUAAAUUUAAUUAACCCAUUAAGGCACAUUCACACAAUUUUGAUCAUAUUUGGUUUUAUUGAACAUUCAAGCACGACAUAUUGGCAAAAAAGCAACAAUAACUCAUUUAAAAAAAACUGCCUGUUUUGAGAAAAUGUCAAGUCCUUGCCUGCACAAUACAAUGCUUGAAUGACCUUGUUUGCAGCCCUCCUGGCUUCUGUACAUUAUUGCUGAGUAGCAAGAUUGUAAUCGUAUCAAUAACACCCACCUUUACUUUGAAAUGCACAUUUAAAUAUCAUUGUCUCCCAGCUCAUCUUAGCAAUUGAUCCAAGAUAGCCAGAAUUGUUGAUGUGUUUACCAAAGGUAAAGCAAGAUAGUCUCAAGACCACCACAUCACUGUCCACAACAUAAAGGCCACCUUUGUAUUGAAAUGUCUUGAAUUACACCGAGAAAAAAAAGAUUUAAGUUGUGGGUCAUGUUUUACUGCAAAAUGACCCAUUUUAUUUACUUGCCUUGGUAUAACAAAAGUGGCCUAUAUGUAUACUCAGCAUGCAGGCAGUUAGUAAGCUGCAUUCAAUUUUAAAUAUCCUUUGGUAUCCCUUAUUUUGCAUGUAAAAUGUUGUAAAUUUAGUCAUCUUGCAUUUAAGGUCUCACAUUUCAUUUCACCAGUGUACAUAGGUGAAUGUUGUAGAUCUAAAUGUCUAAAUGGACAUUUAGCAUAUUCUGUAUCAUAAUUGGCCCAAUUUCAAAGUUAACAUCUAAGCCUCAAUACGAUUUGGGGGUGGGGUGUAAGUAUAUGACAAUUAAAACUUUCCAUGUAAUUGGCAACUUAUAUUUAAAAAAAAAUUCAAAUAUAAAAUACAAAAGUGCCUCCUAUGGAAGUUAUAAAAUAGAAAGUUGUAAGUUUUGUACCAGCUUUGAAUGUAAUAUAAGCCAAAAUGUCCCAUUCAACUGAGGCUUCAAAACUAGCCAAUCCCAGUUUUGAGCUUAUUAGACAUUCUUUCCAUCUGUGGUCUUACUUGAUUCCUUUUUUGUAAAAUGCAUAACAUUAAUAAACCAAGUUUAUAGCCCAUUGUUUUGUAAAACCAUAUUUUUUUGGUUGUACAGUACAAAUGUUUUGUUUCAAUUUGACCAAAUCGUGCUUGUUUGCAGUACAUUGAUUUUUCCAAAAACGAGUGGGACUGCAGAUGUGUGGGAAUGGCCUUUACACAAGCUGAAUUACCAUGACCAAUGCAGUAGUAUUUAGCUAUUUGUGAUCAGCUUCACAACACGGGAGAAGUUGACAUGUCAUAAAAAAGUACAUACGGACUCAACCAGUAUCAGAGCUAGUGAUACAUGAAUGUGUUGGCACUUAAGGAUGUGGCAUUCUACAGACAAUUUCAGGUAGUAUUUGAAAUGCAUUGGUAAGUUUAACACUGGUGUUCCUGCACUGGAUCCACCAUUUGGCCUUUCUUAUUUCGAUCUGUCAAUGUUGUACUGCAGUUAAUUUUUGGGAUGCUUAAAGCUUUACCGUUAUGGCCAUGUUUAGUUAAAUAUUUGCACUUGGUAGAAAAAUAGAGCAAAGCCAUGUUAUUUGUUAACUGGUGUAAACACAUUUGAUACUUUGGAAUUGCUUAAAUUCAGUUUCUAGCUGUAGGAAAGCUUAAACUUCAAGCCUGGUUUAACGUAUUUUUUUGCUUCAGAAUGUAU